AUGGCUUCAAAUGUGCAAGGCUCUUCUUUCACUCAACAAACAUUUGUUGAGGAAAUUGAUUACAAUGAGAUUCAGGAAUUACAGGUGGUAGGUAAAGGAGCUUUUGGUGUGGUAUGGAAGGGUCUUUGGAGGAAUACAUUUGUUGCUGUAAAGCACAUUAAUUCGGAGGCAGAAAAACGGCAAUUUGCAAUUGAAGUGCGACAAUUGUCUCGAGUUUCUCAUCCUAAUAUUGUACAGUUGUAUGGAGCAUGUACACAAGGUGCGCAUGUAUGUCUUGUUAUGGAGUAUGCUGAAGGUGGCUCUUUAUACAAUGUUCUUCAUGUCCGGCCAAAACCUAAAUAUACUGCUGCUCAUGCUAUGAGUUGGGCAAGACAGUGCUCAGAGGGUGUGGCAUAUCUACAUGCUAUGAAGCCAAAGCCACUUAUUCACAGGGAUCUUAAACCUCCAAACCUACUUUUAGUUGCAGGAGGAAAGAAAUUGAAAAUUUGUGAUUUUGGCACUGCUGCUGAUAAGGCCACAUACAUGACUAAUAAUCAAGGUAGUGCUGCUUGGAUGGCCCCAGAGGUAUUUGAAGGCUCUUCUUACACAGAGAAAUGUGAUGUGUUUUCAUGGGGAAUUAUUUUAUGGGAAGUUUUAUCCAGAAGAAAACCAUUUGAAGAAGGAGGUACAGCAUAUAGGAUAAUGUGGGCAGUUCAUACAGGGGAGCGGCCUAAUUUAAUAGAAGGGUGUCCAGAACCCAUAGAGCAAUUAAUGACUCAGUGUUGGCAUAAAGUUCCUUCAGAGAGACCCAGCAUGGCCAAGGUUGUUGAGAUUAUGAAAGCACUAUGCGAAUUCUUUCCCGGCGCUGAUACUCCAAUCAACUAUGAUGACCUCGAAGCAGACGAGGAGGAAUACUCUGACGACUACAUGAUCUAUGACAGUCGGGAGAGCUAUGACACGGACACUGAAAACAUGACACAAGCCCACAAUCCCAUAUUUUCAAAUGAAUCAAAUUCAAUAAGAAAUACGGGGAAACUCUCCCCUCGGCCUAGAAGCUUUGUAGAGAGCCAAGUGAAUAGAUUACAGGUGUUAAUGGAACCAAAACCCACAGUGUCCGAUUUGAAACCAAAAAGGCUAGAGUUGUUGGAACCGGGACGACUGGCAAAACUAAACUCGCCCGGAUCGGAGCGGUGUCUGCCCAGCGAAGGAAGUACUCCUCAAGAUACAUUAAGAGUGUUUCGGAGUCCCAAUAUUUUUAGUGAAUCAUCUACGCCUCGUGGGCCAUCGCCCAUCGUGAAUUAUAAUAUUGGGAAUAUGAAUCCGAGGCAUAUUGACAUUGAGCAGUAUUGGAAUAGGGAGAAUGAUAAGUCUCCAGCGAGGACACCCUCAACUCUUAGCACAAAUUCGUCCCGUAAAGAGGAUUAUAACCAGAAUUACUGUGAUAAAUUGAGUGCGGCAAACAGUCCUAUGACCCCGAUAAGGGAAUACAACGGGAAUGUGGGUGAUACGAGAUAUCAGACACCAUUGCAAAUUGAUGUUGAUCCUAACUCUUGGGAAUUGCGUGAAGGACUUCAAGAUAUUGACGGCUACAUUGAAGUGAGACAUACAGGCGGACUUGACAAGUUUAUGCCGAUUGGUUAUCGGGAAGGCAUGGGUUGGGACGACGCACAGUCUCGCGCCGCCGUUGAAUGCCGGCGCAUCGCUGCACUGAUGCAACUUUGUCAUACGUUCCAUCGUAUACGCACGCAACCGUGCACGUACAUAUACCAGUGA